AUGGAAAUGGAGGGCACUAUAACGUUAGACCAGCUUGUUAAGUAUCACUCAAAGAUUGUACUACUGAAGAAGAAGCCUGAGAAGUUGAAGAGUUUUGUAAUCAAGAUGAUUGGGGCAGGGAGUAGGUCACAGAUAAUGCAGAUAUAUGAUAUGAUGAUGCCUCCGUUUUCGAAUUUGAAGAAUAAGGAUAAAUAGGAAAUUAUCUGCUAAAAUUAUUUUUGAGAUAUGAUCAACGAAUUUUGAGUUAUUGUGCUUAAUCUCUGAAGCUUGAAAGUUCUCACCCCUCAAUGGAAAAAUAUGUCUGAAUUCGAUUCCAAAAGCCUUAACCGAAAAAUUCAAUAGUAAUCAUGAACUUUUCAACGAACUUAAGCAAUUCAUUGAGAGUUCAGCUUUGAUUGAAAACAAGAACAGCUUUUGGACUUUUCCUGAGUUUAAAAGCAAUCAUAAAGUUAAUCAGAAUGAGUUACCAAAGAACUUGAGAGAGUUAAUUUUCCCAGAUCCAAAAUACUACAUGAUCGGGUUUAAUCCUGAUAAGAAAGAGCAAGAGACUAAGACAAGGCUCAGUGAUUGGACAAUCAGCCAGUCUAAAACAAAUGAUACUUUAAAAAAAAGCUUUAACAAGCCAUCUUCGCCUUUAGAAGCUUCCACUUAUAGUGACCAGAGCUGGCAGAAUAUCUCCUCCAAGAAUCAUAAGUCAAUGAUUCAAAAAGGGAAGACAAACAAAAGGCACCCUUCUAAGCCUAAAAAGAGUAUUCAGUUCGCAGGAAGCAAGAGGAGCAGCAUAAAUAGUGUCCUACAAAAAACAAAGUUCAGCUCUACCUCUAAAAAUCAAAGCUCAGUUAAGACCUCUUCAAAGGUGAAAAACUAUUCCAUGAUUAAGAAAUAUAUGCUGAAACAUGAUAGUGCAAGGGAGGAGAAGAAAUUUUCUGUGCUAAAGAAGAAAGCUCACAAAAACUCAACCCCUGUAAGUAACUCAGUGCUAGUGCAAGGAAGAAGUAUUGACGCUUCUCAUAACCUCAGUCAGAUCUCAGGGCGGUCUUACUUGGACAAGUCGAACGUAACUCAGACGCCAAGGACGAGGGCUCCCAAGAAGUUUUAUAGUAGUAUGGAUAAAUAGAACUGAGAUUUCCUCGAGAAUCAGUUAUAGACCUCAUAACACUCCAAAGCAGAAAGUCAUCCCCAGACCAAGGCCAAGUGUUCCUUCUUCUAUUGACAAGAAGGUUAAGAAUACACAGAAGACUAAGGAAGUGAAGCCAAAGUACACGACUAGUAGGAAUCAGAAAAUGAAAUCCAAUGGGCUGAGUUCUUAUGAUAACUCUAAAAUCAAGAAGAUGAUCCUUCAGCCUGCUUUGAGCAAGCCUACAACAGUAAGUAGUAGGCUCAGAAAAAUGAAGGAGCAGGCCCUGAUUACAUCAAGACUGAGGGGCAAGAAGGUUGCUGGAACUGAGAGCACUAACUCACAGUACCAAUCCCUGACGAAGUCAAGUCUUGACUAUUACUCUAAAACUAAGACGAAUACAACAAAAUUUCAGAAGUUAAGAAAGCGUGUUGCGAAGACUUUUGUAGAAAGUAACCCUAAAUAA